GGUUGCACCCAGCUGGUUCCCUUCCUGUCUACUCGAUGCAGUGACUCCAGACCUGAGCCCAAGGACAAAUUAUAGGGAAAGGUCACUCUGGGGAUUAAAGCGUCGCCGUCCUGAAACAAAAUGGCUUACUCGCAGAUCCGCCUGAAAAUUCUACCCAGCGUCCGUUGCCUCUUCGAUAAACUGGUGCAGGUAAAAGUAGAAGGGCUCGCUCCUCACAAACCGGUGGAGCUGAGAUCCAAAGUGGUCGACGACAGAGGAAUCACUUUCAAAGCUUCUGCACUGUACGAAGCAGACCAAACGGGCCGGGUGGACCUGUGCCGGGCGCCCUCCCUGGGAGGAAGCUACACCGGCGUGGAGCCCAUGGGUUUGUUCUGGGCCUUGGCACCGGACACUCCUCACAACAAACACCUGAAGAGGAACGUGCUCACUGCAACACAGGUGAUGAUAGAGGCUCUGAAUGGGGAGACGGGCGAGCUGUUGGCCUCUGAGACCAACGAGAGAGGAUACAUGACCGAGGGGAUGAAGAGGAUACCUGUGCAAGAGGGCAGAAUACGAGGAGUCCUCUUCAUACCUCCAGGAAAGGGGCCGUUCCCAGGAAUUGUAGAUUUGUAUACUUUUGGUGGAGGGCUCACCGAGCCCAGAGCCAGCCUUUUGGCAGGUAAAGGUUUUGUUGUCCUGGCGCUGGCUUAUUUACGUUACCCGGGGUUACCGAAAACCCCUGAAAGCUUGCAGCUGGAGUACUUUGAAGAGGGCGUAGCAUAUCUGAGGAGACGACCAGAGGUUGAAGGACCUGGAAUUGGCAUAAUAUCAAUCUCUCACAGUGGGGCUUUGGCUUUGGCGAUGUCCUCUUUCUUCUCUGGGAUCUCGGCAACCGUCUGCAUCAACGCCUGCAACGCGAACACCGUGAUCCCUUUGCACUACAAAGACACCGUGAUCCCUCCGCUCCCCCCGGUGCUGGACAACGUCAAAAUCACAGACUCCGGGCUUAUAGACAUACGCGACAGCUUACCGGACCCCACCUCGGGAGGGAACAGGGCGUCCGUGAUUCCGAUCCAGCGCGCCAGCUGCCACUUCCUGUUCGCCGCGUCCGGGGACGACCACAACUGGAACAGCGCCUUCUUUGCCGAGCAGGCGGCGGCGACGCUGAGAGAGCACGGCAAGGAAUCCUUCCAGCUGGUCACCUACCCGAAGGCGGGACACUUUCUGGAGCCCCCUUACACGCCUUACUGUCCGUCCGGGGUCCACGCGGCUGUGGGGAGGGCCGUGGUGUUCGGCGGGGAGCCAAAGGCGCACGCCGAGGCUCAGCUCGACCUGUGGGAACGGGUCCAGGAGUUCUUCAAGAGCCACUUGGGCGACAAGGGCACUUGAUAGGAGGCAGCGCGGUAUCAAGUCCACCGGGCAUCCCUGGAUUGUUGUGAUGCUUAGCGAGCAGGGGUUUCCUCAAAAGUGUGUCUAGUUCUCAACCGACCUACACCGAUCAGCCACAACAUUAAGUAUAUUAAAACCACCAAACGAUUAAACGAAUAGUAUUUAUGAUUCCCACUGCGAUGUUAAUGUUCUCCUGGGAUUACCUGGGUCCUGGCAUUUAUGAGGAUGUUACUUGGAUACCACCACCUGAGCAUCGUCGCAGACCAAACACACCCCCAUGGCAACCGGUUCUUCCUCGCGUCCUGGUGCCAUAUGUUCCCCCAGCAAUGCACACAAACAAUCUGUUGCUCACGUGCCCCAUUAUAAGUGCUUUAAUUAGCGGACAGGGGUCAACUCGCACACCCUGGCUGACCUGUGGCUACGCAGCUACAUGAAAAGAACCAGCAUUAAUGUUUUCAGCUCUUCUGUCGGGCCAGUCUUCGCUCCCCACGUUCACUGACAACCCUCGGUCGCCUCGUGACUACGUCGCCUGUUCAUAUUUACCGACCGCUGCCGACCGGGAACACCCCAUAAAAGCUGCAGUUUUGGAUAAACUCUGACCCGGUCAUCUGUCCAUUACAAAUUUUGACAGAAGUUGCUCAAAUUUAUCCAUUCGUCCUGCGUCAAACACCAACUUUGAGUACAAAAUGUUCUCUUACAGUCUAAUAUAUCACUGACUGACCCAUUGACUCCCAUUGAUGCUUAUAAUGUUGUGGCUGAUCUCACCCAGUCAUCUAUCCAUGACAUUUCUGACAAUGUCAGAGUUGCUCAGAUUUAUCCACUUGUCCUUUUUUUCCUGCUUUAAACAUCAGCUUUGAGUACAAAAUGUUCUCUUACAGAUUAAUAUAUCACCGACUGACCCAUUGACUCCCAUUAUAAUGUUAUGGCUGAUCAGAUCAGUGUAUGUCACAAACUAAAUCAACUUUUUUGGUGGAAAUCAAUCACUACAUCUGAUAGAACUUAUAGCCUCUUUGUCACAUAAAUUCUGACUUGUCAACAAUAGAAAUUAAAAUAAAUUACUGUUUAAUUAUUUAACUUUAUUAUGCUUUAGUGACUGACUUGCGUCGUAUUUAAUUUAGUUCAUUUCACGUUUGCCUAAAAGUAAAAUGUUUGUUACGGUUAAACCCAGUAGUGAAUUGCAGUACAGUGUCUGUACAAAUGAAUAAAUGAAUCAUUUGUGACG